CCCAAUUCUUUUGGAUAGCAGUCGUAAUGCUUGAAACCGAUUACGAACACGAAUUCCUUCUGGCAUUACGUCUAUUCGACAAACUGUUGUCGAAAUUAAGUUUAGAUAAAAGCGAUUCUCAAGAAAAGGUGGAAAAGAUAUUUAUGCAAAUGAAAUGGAAUCAGUUUCCAGGCGUUCACUCCCUGUUGCUGAAGGGCUGUACGUCUCCGAUCACAUACGAGCCCACAAUGAAUCUGUUGCACAAAAUGACUCCUUUGCUCGAAAUCAAAGUCAUCGACCCCUCAGAAUCGGCCAAUUCUUUUCCCUAUCAUAUUAUGUCUCAAUUGCCGUAUCUUUUGCUUAAUUAUGACGAACCCAACUCUCUGUGCACUCAAGCGGCUGAGAAUAUAGCGCUUUGGUGUACAGAAAAAUCUAAAAAACUGGACAAUUUGGCAACAGUUAUGAUGCUAUACAGCAGACGCUCG